AUGGAGAAACAAGAAACCCUAGACAAUCACCAAGAUCUCAUCACUAGAUUUCUAAGCAUGACCGAUGAUGACGUGGCGAAUCCGUCGCCUCUGCUGUCUGACGACGAGAUUGUGGACAAUUGUACCAUCGCAAUGAUUGCAGGGCAUGACACGACUUCGGUCCUCCUUACUUUCUUGAUCAAACUCCUUUCUGAACAUCCACAUGUUUACCAAACUGUCCUUAAUGAACAAGAGGAGAUUGCAAAUAGGAAGGGAUCUCUUGACGAGCCUCUCACGUGGGAAGAUCUAGCGAAGAUGAAGUACACAUGGAAGGUAGCAACCGAGACACUGCGAAUGAAUCCACCGAUAUUUUGUUCUUUUAGAAGAGUUGUUCAGGAUUUCGAACUAGGAGGAUACACAAUUCCCAAGGGAUGGCAGGUUUUUUGGACAGCAUUCAUGACUCACAUGGACGAAUCCAUAUAUCCGGAUCCAUCAACUUUCAACCCGGCCCGGUUCGACAACCAAGGAGCAGCGCCGCCUUAUAGCUUCAUGGCGUUCGGUGGAGGGCCGAGAAUGUGCCCGGGAUACGAAUUUGCGAGAAUCGAAACCCUAACCAUGGUUCAUUACUUGGUUACUCGAUUUCAGUGGAAGCUCUCUUUAGAAGAGAAUCUAUUCGGUAGAGCUCCUUUGCCAUUUUUCCAUCAAGGGUUGCCUAUACAAGUCAAGAUCAAGAAGCCUCUUCAUGAUGAUAAUGAUGAUGUAAUAAUGUAA